GCCUCUAUCAUUCUCUAUGGUGCUGGUCGCAGCUCCUGUGCCUGUGUGAGCUUGCCGGAAAAUAUGCUGUUGCCACUCCUUGAGAUAAUUAUGGGAAGUCUUUUUGCUUGUCAGUCCUGCGGUUGAUCAAAUGCAGCCUACAAAACGUUUUUGACACCGUAGGGACAUGAUCAGCCGACACUGAAAAGGAAGGAACUGGAGGAAAAGUUCCCGUACCGGAAACACAAGACAACAGGCACUGCAGAAUCAAACUGAAGGAUCACAAACAGGAUUGUCUGGGAUAUCUGGAUGGUUAUAUUCCUAGAACCCUGCCUCCAUUCUAGAAUCCUGCCUCAUUCUAGAACCCUCCCACUCCCAUGCUGUACUGCAGGUGAACCCCACCCAGGACCCAGAGGAUGAGACGUAUCAAGGCCCUCGUCGUCAUGGCCUUCCUGUGCAGCCUCUGCCUCAUCUUCUUGUACUCCUCACUCAACCUCCAUCUGGCCCACAGACACAGAGCUCUACUGGAAGUCUCAGCCAACCCCAGGUCCGAGAUCAGCUUUGAAACACUGUCCGCCAAGCCGGUCCCAACUUACCCCAGACUGACCCUUACCAAGGACAGUACAAAAAGUGUCCCUAUUCAGGUCACUGUUACACCUACUCCUGAUCUCCACCAAGCUGCUGUCUUUGCCGCCCUCAAGAAGGCUAUACCUCAGAACACAGCCUAUUGGAACCGUGUUUUCUACUCUGGCAUCAGACGACUGGACAAGGGGGGAAACUCAACAAGACCGGAGGGACUGGACUGGUCCCAUUGCCGACACGACACCGAGCAGCUGCGGACAAACAUUCAUGACUUUACUUCCUAUCCAGAACUCCACCAGGACUUCCUGCUUGGGAUGGAGUGUAGAAACCCUCCUAUCCUGAUUGACCAACCAGAGAAGUGCACCUCGGAAGACGGAGAAACCUUCCUCCUCUUCGCCAUCAAGUCGACCCCGAGGAACUUUGAGCAGAGACAGGCGGUACGGGAGACGUGGGGGCGAGAAGCGCUGUAUGGAGGAGGGGUCAGAGUUCGUAUAGUGUUCCUGCUGGGAUCCUCGUCAUUGGACGAGCCCGACCUGAGCCAGCUACUGGUGCUUGAGGCGCAUCACCACGGCGACCUCCUCCAAUGGGACUUCCACGACUCGUUCUUCAACCUCACGCUAAAGGAGCAGGUGUUCUACAGGUGGGUCCUGAGCCGCUGUCCUAAAGUCUCCUUUGUCUUUAAAGGGGACGACGACGUCUUCGCCAACACUGAGGCCAUACUGGGCUACCUGCAGUCCCUGGAGCCUAACAAGAACUCAACGCUCUACCUGGGCCAGAUCAUCUCCACUGCUAGUCCCCUCCGCGACUCUAAGAGCAAGUACUACAUCCCCCCGACCUUCUAUGACGGGCCUUACCCUGCGUACGCCGGAGGAGGAGGUUACCUCUUCUCGGGGUCGUUGAUCAGACCGCUUUACAGCGUCUCCAAGUUCCUCCCUUUCUACCCCAUCGACGACGUCUACUCUGGGAUGUGCUUCAACGCACUGGGAAUACUUCCAGAGGCACACGAUGGCUUCCAGACGUUUGACAUUCGCGAGCAGGACCGGGAGAACCCGUGCGUCCAUAAGGAACUGCUGCUGGUGCACCGGCGGAGCCCGCGGCAGAUCAUUAGACUGUGGCGGAGCAUACACAACCCCGUGCUCAUAUGUUGACCCCCCCAUGUUGAGGGCUAGGGUCUCACUGAGCCUCGGUGGUAGAUGUUGACCCCUCACCACUGACACAGGGUCAGAUAUUAAAUAACCAGUUUCCUCAAUUCAUAUGCUGAACUAUGGUUGCAUGUUUUUUGGGAAUGUUCAAUAAAUUCCCAAGUUUUCCAGAAAUCCUGGUUGGAGGGUCCCUGGAUUGCCUGCAUAUUCCUUCCUGAUUGCGGGAAUCUGCCAACCGGGAUUCGGGAAAACCAGGGAAUUUUGUGAAAUUUUGCAACCAGAUUUGUUUUUGUUUGUUGCAGCUGACCACACAAGCCUUGUUCAUAUGCUGAAUGGCCUGAUUGAGACAUAUCUUUCCACCCCCUAAUGGUUAAGAUCUGAUCUGAGGGCCACCUCUUUCCACCCCCUAAUGGUUAAGAUCUGAUCUGAGGGCCACCUCUUUCCACCCCCUAAUGGUUAAGAUCUGAUCUGAGGACCACCUCUUUCCACCCCCUAAUGGUUAAGAUCUGAUCUGAGGGCCACCUCUUUCCACCCCCUAAUGGUUAAGAUCUGAUCUGAGGGCCACCUCUUUCCACCCCCUAAUGGUUAAGAUCUGAUCUGAGGACCACCUCUUUCCACCCCCUAAUGGUUAAGAUCUGAUCUGAGGGCCACCUCUUUCCACCCCCUAAUGGUUAAGAUCUGAUCUGAGGGCCACCUCUACCUUUUUAGCUUCACUCACUCAGGGAUGGUUUCCACGACAACGGUGUCAAAAAAAUCCAGUAACUUUCCCAGAAAUCCUGGUUGGAGGACUCCCCUUUAUUCACUCCUUGUUUUUAGGAAGUGUGUUUUCUUCUUGAAAACCAGGCGAUUUUUUUUUUUCAACCCGAGGCACGACUCUGUCCGAUCAACGAUGUACUGGAACUGUUUCUACAGGUGUACUGGAUUACCAGGUAAAGGUUUAUAUGUAAAUAUGUUGGGCAAUGCUUCAGGUGUUUUUUUUUUUUUGUUGUUGUUUUUUUAAACUGAACUCACAAGAUUAUUAUAAAAGGUUUUCCAUUCAAGUACCAGUUGACAUCUUUUAUUGGUGAGUUUUGUGUCUGCAUACUGUUCUAGAUCGUUUAUCCCCAACACAAGUCCUCGAGUAACUUCACCAGCACACCUGAUUCAACUAAUCAUCAAGCCCUCAAUCAGGGCAGUACGUUUGGGACGUCAACAUAAAUAUGCUGUUGGGGGGGGGACACUGUUCUAAAUUACAUCCAGGAUGUGUUUUACUGCCUGAGGACAAUAAAAUGUUGUAUACUUUAUUGUAAAUUAUUUAAAUGUUUUAUUUCUGAGUGGGGAGGUGGAUAAAAAAAAAAAGUCUGACAUUACGUAAAGAUGUAGUUAUAUGUAACAGAUCGGUUUGAUAUUCUCCUCAGGGGACUAAGGACUGUACUUUUCAUUAUUCAGAAAAUGUAAUAAAAUACUGUGAAACUCAUUGUUCCUUUCAAAACAACUAGGGCGAAUGUCAGUGACCUACAAUUAAUUUUUUAAAAGUGAAAUGAUUGUCUAAAAAUAUGACUUGAGCGUGAAAAAAUAAAUCUUGCAGUCAUUUAAUUUGAAACUUUUCGUUGUGUGUUAUGGGAAGGCGAUUAUUUAACUAGAAUGUAAUAAACUGAGCACUGUGUUAAGCAACAGAGCAUGUACGUAUGAGAUCAGCUCUGAAAAUCUACUUUGAUAACAGUGGGAUGGAUGUGAGUUGGAAUGGAACAGAGCAGUGUCAGGUUAGCUGUGGACUUGUAGGUCCAGACUGUACUAUUCUCAUGAAAAAUAUGUAUGAACGUUGCAGCGAUAAAAAAAAAACAGGAUCGUAAACUACCAAUUGGGGAGGAAAAAGGGUGGUUAAAAUUCACAAGACCGUUUCAAAUUAAAUCACAAUGCCAGAUGGAGGGUCAUGGUUGGUUUUGCACUGUGGUGUAUAUUAUAACACCAACAAGUAGUCUCAACAGUUCAUUAUGGCUUUGUGUGCCAUCUGUCCCCGUCCCAACUGAUCAGUCAGCUGCUUUCUAGAUGUUUAUUCAGUAACCUGGACACAUUUUUGGGAGUAUAGUCAAACUUUUAUUAAACUCAAACACCUCAGCCAUAGACCCCGAUACCAAACAGCUAGAAAACUAUGCAUACGAAACGAGUGGGAGGCUACAGUAUUGCCGAAUAAACGUUCUCUGUAAAAGAGGAAAUUGGCUAAGAGUUCUAGGUAUGCAUGACAACACCACUGGUGUGGGUAGAUUAAGUCAUGUUCAGUCCUAUUUCCCCCAGCCUGCAUCACUCAGGUAUGAAUAACCAGUGAGGAAAAAAUGGAUUUAUAUGCCUUUUGCUCAUUGGGUAGACUCAUGCACUGAUAAAUGACUAA